AGAGCCCAAGACCAAGAGGACGACAGGCCAGAUCAUGUUAACAUAGGCCCCCGUGCCUGUGUCCAUCGACCACUCCAUCCGAUUUGCAUCACCCCCAGCCAGCCUCUCAGCCGGCAGACACAGAGUCGGCAAAUGCAGGGCGACGGCAGCAAGAUGCUGAGCGUGGGCAAGAUGCUAGCCCUGGGCGCGCUCAGCAGACUCCGUUCAUCGGCGUGGAUCUACCUGGCGCCGGUGGCCGCAGCUUUCACGCCGAUCGGCGACCUCAGGGGCUACCUCUGCCGGCGCCUUCAGCUCCAUCGGCGCGUGCGGCGGCUGCUCCCGUUCCUCGACCCGUUCGUCACCGUGGACAUCGCGGCCAGGCGGGACAACUACGCCUACUCCAGCUCCGCCGGCCAGAUCAAGUCCAGCGACGCCUACACGGAGGUGCUGGCGUACCUGAGCUCCGUGUCCUCCCGCGACGCGCGGCAGCUGCGCGCCGAAGGCGCCGUCGAGGGCGACGGCUUCGUGUUCAGCCUCCGCGAGGGGCAAGAGGUGGCCGACGUCUUCAAUGGCGUCACCAUGUGGUGGUCUUCGGCCACGGCUGCUGCGGCUCCUGGGCUCCACUUUCAUGGGUCGCCGCACGGGCCGCCCUGCUGCCGCCUCACGUUCCACGAGCGCCACCGCAGCCUCGUCGUGGACCAGUACCUGCCGCACGUCCGCCGGCGCGGCCAGGAGGUCUUGUUCGGCAACCGCCGCCGCCGGCUCUACACCAACAGGAACGGCCUCAACUACGGUUCGAGGACAAACGAGGUGUGGAGCUACAUUGACUUCGACCACCCAACCACGUUCGACACGCUGGCCAUGGACCCGGCCAAGAAGCGAGCGAUCAUGGACGACCUCGACGACUUCCGGAACAACGGGGACUACUACCACCGCAUCGGCAAGGCGUGGAAGCGCGGGUACCUGCUGCACGGCCCGCCGGGCACCGGCAAGACCACCAUGAUCGCCGCCAUGGCCAACUACCUCGGCUACGACAUCUACGACAUCGAGCUCACCACCAUGCACAGCAACAACGACCUCCGCAAGCUCUUCGUCGAAACCACCGGCAGGUCCAUCAUCGUCAUCGAGGACAUCGACUGCUCCCUCGACCUCACCGGCAGCCGCGCCCGCGCCACGGCCGGCACCACAUUUCAAGGAUGGCAGGGUGAUGGCGACCUGGACGCCUACGGCAUGAGGAACACGAAGACGCGCGACGAAAGGGGGAACAUCAUGACGCUGUCCGGCCUGCUCAACUUCAUCGACGGGCUGUGGUCGGUGCACAGCGGCGAGCGGAUCAUCGUGUUCACCACCAACCAUCUGGACAAGCUCGACCCGGCGCUGAUCCGGCGCGGCCGGAUGGACAUGCACAUCGAGAUGUCCUACUGCGAGUUCGAGGCGUUCAAGAAGCUGGCGGAGAACUACCUCGGGGUGGACGCGCACCCGCUCUUCGACGCAGUCAGGGAGCUGCUGCGGGCCGUGGAGAUCACCCCCGCGGACGUCGCCGAGUGCCUGAUAACGUCCAAGCGCAGCGCCCGUGACGCGGACGCUUGCCUCGGCCGUCUGCUGGACGAGCUCAAGAAGAAGGCUGGGGAGAAGGAAGAACAGAACAGAGUAGCCGUGGACGACGGAACAGAUGCUGGUGAAAGCUUUUGUAGCGCCGCUGAGAUGAUUGUAAACAAGGUCUAACUUGAGAGCUUUGUGAUGGUUAUUGUAGUGUUGUUAUGAGGCCGUGAUGUAGCAGAUCCAGAGAGUUAAGAUUCCAAAUUCGCAGCAUUA